AUGGGCCCCAGGAAUGACCCCCGGUCCACCGUCGCGGAUCUCGAGAUCUAUCUAUUUGGAAUUACCUUUCCGAUUGCGUGCGUGCUCUGCAUCGCGAUUCUGGUACAGCGUAUCAGACGGCGUGUCCGAGGCGGGCGAUUCACACCAACAGCAGCCCCCAAGAGGCAAAUGGACCCGAACCCGCCCAAUUACGGUGGCAAGGAACGAGCAGACCUGGCGGUGGUGGGCCGCGAUCCCUCGACGGACGCCCACCCGCCAUCAUCACCGCGCGACGGCCUGCCGUCUCUUCCUUCGGCCUGCGAUAUCCUGCAGCCGCUGUCCCAACUGACCCCGUUGCCGUCGAGUGGUUAUCUCGCCGCGGUGCUGAGCCGCGAGCGGCGGGCCCGGGCCACCACCACCACCACCACCACUGCCGCUGCCGGCGCCGCCGCGGCGCCAGCGUGCCUGGCGGCCACAGGCGACGUGCUAGGCUCCGUUGAUCCACCACCGCACGCUAAUGGCGUGCCUGGCCGCGGCGAGGGCCGCGGCGGUGGUGGCGCGCGUUCAAUAGAGCUGGCGUGGUCAGAUCGGACGCUCCGUCCGUCUGGCUCGUCUGACGAGUCGUGCGCGGCGCUCGACGACCCGCAGUCGAGUGCCUUCUCACCGACUGGGUGGCGUCCAGAUGAUCUCCCCGAACUGGCUGGCGGCGUGUCUGGGGCGGGCGAGCCGCAGCCCGUCCAGAAGCGCAGCCAGACGGUGCAGCAUCUAUACGGCGUGGACGAGGAGGGCGCGCGCGCGUGGCGCCGCGUGAUGAUGGAGUACAGCUAG